AUGCAAUCUAGGUUUUGGGAUAACUUAAUACAAAGUGUGCUAGAAAUGUAAGAUAAUAAUAGCUAAGUUUAAAUAGAUUGGAGUUCAUAGUUCUGUAGGUCUUAUUCAGAUAUGAGUUAGAUAUUAUUUGAUUUAGAUUGUGAUGCUAAAUUAAUAAUUUUCAGCAAACCUUGUUUCGAGGUCUUUGAUUAUACAACCGGAAAACUAUUGCUAGAUAAAAUAUUAUUUCGAUUUUAUGAUGAAGGUUUGUGUUGUAAUCCUAUACUAAAAGUGUAAAAUUAACUACUUGCAAUUUAUACCUAAGAAGACUAAAUACAGAUAGUGAAAAAUUAAUAGUACUAUCCAAUAAAUUACUAGGAUGCUUGCUAAUACGAGUUAACAUAAGCUUAUUAUGAUCUAGAUAAAAACAUCUACAUUCUAAUCACAGGAUAACAAAAGCAGAUCCUUAUUAAAAAUAUUUUUACUAAUAAUAUCUUAUUUUUAUAUAAAACUACUAGUUAAUUUGAUAAUAAUUCAGUGUACUACUUUAAAGAAAAUUAAAACUUAAUUGUUAUUGAUAAUACUCCAACAAUUUAUUUAUGCAAUUGUUUAACAAACGAAGUAACUCUUUUUAAAAUUCAAGUAUAUCAAACAAAGGGAAUUAUAAUGGAUGAGAAAAAAAAUAUCAUUUUUCUAUACUCAGAUAAGUUUAUUCACAUAUAUAAGUUUCCUUCAAUGACUUUUAUAGAGAGUUUCUCCCUAAAAUUAUAAGAAGAAACACCUAUAUAAAAUAUAUACUUAAACACAUAAUUUAAUUUAUUAAAUGUAUUGACUGAAAAAGCACUGAUUUCUUUUGAUUUGACAGAAGUUCUCUAUUCUUCUGAAGUUAAUUUAGCUUAAUACUAAAACAUAUAAAACAUAGUACUCAACGAUUCAUAUUAAGUUUACUAUAGUUUAUCAAAUUACUGCAUUAACUUAUUUAAAUAAGCAGUGUAAGUUGAUUAUUUAGUGCUAUUGCAAGAUUAGUACAAUAUUCAUCCAUACUUUACUGAGUUAAUACAAAUAAGCACAAAAUAAAUUAUGUAUAUACUGUUUGAUAACUUUUUCUUAAUCGAAGUAGAUUUAUUAAAAGAAAAAUUAUAAUUAAUUUAAAAGAUACAAUUAUCUUAAAAUCCAGACAACUAUUUUUAUGAUAAACCUAGGUAGCAAAUUCUCAUUUUAUACUAACAAAACUUAUAAUUAAGUUAAAUAAACCUUUAGGCUCAAUAAAUUAAUGAAGUUAAUUUUGCUAAUCUUCCAUAGAGUGACUUCUCUUAAGCCUUAAUAAUUGGUGAUUUUAUUGUUCUUCCUUCUGUCAAUAUAGUUUAUACCUUCAAUAUUUCAACUAAAAUAAUAAAUGAUGUUAAUCUUUAAAAUACGAGUGCAUUUUAGUUCAUGUUUAAGCUUUAAUCUAAAGAUAUAAAGAAUUAUUAAAGUAGUUGGUGGAAGAUCCCUUUUGAAUAUGAAGACAGAUAUAAUACUAGUGAUUACAUUGAAUCAAACUAAAGCACUUCUUUAGUGUGUAUUGUUUCAUUAGAUUCUUAAAACACUAUUAUCUAAAUUUUAAAUGUGAAUACAAAUUUAUUUUAACAAUUAUUACUCCAAGAAACUACAAUUACAAACAUCGUGAAUGAUCCUUUUAGAAAAAUAAUCUAUACUGUUUUAAAUAAAGGUAUAACAAAUAUUUACGAUUGGAAUUUGAAUUUUAUAAGUUCUUUGUUUAAUCCAUGCUUAAAGCAAGCAAUAAUAACUUUUGACUCUAAUUUCAUAUAUUCUGUUUGUCCAACAGAUAUAAUAAUCUAUAAUGGUUUGAGCUUUUAAUAAUAAUUUCCUGUAAUAAAUUAUGGAAUAGAAGAAGCGACAAAUAUGAUUAGUAUCAAUUUUAAUAAUUACUUCAUAAUAAUCUAAAAAGAAUAAAUUUACUUAAUAUAAUUGCAAUAUAAUUCUAAUUAUAAAAUUCUCUUUUAAAAGUAAGGAAGAUAUUAUCAAGUCUAGGUUUUGCAACUCAUAAAAAGUUAAGAUGAAGAAUACAGUUUAUUAAUAAUCUUAUCUUCCUAGUCUGAUAUUGAAAAAAUAGUAAUACCAUUAUCUCCUAACAAUAAAUAUCAUUAUCUCAAUAAAUAUUUAAACAAAUUGAGGCUAGUUAAUAAUUAUCUUUGA